AUGUCUCAGGAGUUGUCAUUGUACGCAGACGUUGGUUACCCUAAAAAUCUAGAAGACAUACCAAGUUUGGCACAUAUAAAAGCCAUAACAGCCCAGAACAGCGCAAAUGAUGCACCGUUAACGGCAGGACAACUCAAACCUAUUCGACUAAACAGCAAACCUAGUACGGUGACCUACAGUGAAGCAUAUAAUCAAAUAGUAUUCAAAUGCUUUAUACUAAAAGACACCAAAAAUAUUAAUGAACACCCCAGCGGAACUGCGGAGGCGCCGAUGGGGAGCAGCUCCCCUGCAUGCACGGGCGAUUUGCAAGAGAAAAACGGGGUUAUGAUUGCGAGCGGAGCCCCCACGAUCUUCGUUCUCAUGAACAAUUUCAGCUCAUUUCCGCUGCGAACCUUGAACCAGCUGCCACGUCCUGUUUCGUCAAACGGCAAGUUUGUUCGAGCUGCUCCUUUGCCACAGCACCCGGAGGCACCGCGAUGGGGAAUAUCAUGUCUAUUUGCGAAGCUCUCAUUCAUGACAGCACCGGGCCCAUUCAGCCUCUUUGACGAAGAUUCAUCAAAAGACUUACGAGGGUUUCCUCGGAAGAAAUUUGCAGAGCGAUCUCUACCAUCCCGAUAUGUUGAGGCUAACUCACGCUAUUUGCGACUAUCCCCUAUCAAAACUCGGCGUGUUGUUCAGGAGCUGCGUGGUAAAACUCUUGCAGGAGCAUUAGCACACCUCGCCUCAUCUCCGAGAAGGCCUGCACUAGCGAUAUUCAGGACAAUUGAGUCAGCAGUCGCUAAUGCUGUGCAUCUGCACGGAGAGGUAAAUCUUAAGCCACAGCUGGUCUCGGUGACUGCGAAUAAUGGACCAGUCAUGAAGAGGCCAUUUUUCAAGGCUCGUGGAAGACUAAAUCUAUGGCGCCGCCCAACAACGCACAUUAAAGUAAUACUCAGAGUAUUAUAG